AUGGGUAGGGCCGCCGCGCACAAGGCGGGCGGCGCCGAAGGAACCGAGUCCGCCGUCACCACCAGCGCCGCCACGACCGCCGCAACGCCCCGGAAGCGCCAGCGUGCGGCGCCGCCGCCCGCGCCACCAGGCGCGGAGCUGCUGGCCAAGGCGGACAGGAUCAGGCGGCAGCUGGCGGCGCUGUACCCGUCCCCGGGUAUUCCCCUGGAGCACACGAACCAUUUCCAGCUGCUGGUUGCCGUGAUGCUCUCUGCCCAGACCACCGACAAGAAAGUCAACGAGGUCACCCCCACGCUCUUUAAACUCGCCCCAGACGCGGCGGCCAUGGCAGCGCAGGAGGUGUCGGUCAUCCAGGCUAUCAUACAGCCGAUAGGGCUGGCCCCGACAAAGGCCAAGAACCUCCGCGCGGCGGCGGCGCUGCUGGUUGAGCGCCAUGGGGGCCAGGUACCCUCCACCUUUGAGGAGCUCGAGGCGCUCCCCGGCGUCGGCCACAAGACGGCGUCUGUAGUCAUGGCCCAGGCCUUCGGGCUGCCUGCGUUCCCUGUGGACACCCACAUCCACCGCCUGGCGCAGCGCUGGGGGCUCACGGCCGACGGCGCCGGCGGCGCCGGCGGCGUCGAGGCUACGGAGAGAGACCUUAAGGCGCUGUUUUUGCCUGAGGAGUGGCACGACCUGCACCUCCAGAUCAUCUACUUUGGGCGCGAGCACUGCCCCGCGCAGCGCCAUGACCCCACAGGCUGCCCCAUCUGCUCCUGGGCGGCGGUGCCCCCUUACGACCGGUGA